UUAGAAAGAAUUGAAGAAGGAUUGGUGAAAUAAAACUGUUAUGAUAACCCUUCCCUUUUGUAAUCCUUCCUCCGAUAUGCCUAAAUGUUAAAUUCGCCACCGUCCAGUUCAAGAAACAUUACAAUGGAAGGAUCGAUUCCCAAAAAUGUAAAAAAGUAUCUCAUCGAUUUUAGGCGAGGUUAGUUUUGUCGAUUUUCUGGAUCUAAUACGACGAAAUUGGCAAUCUAUGAACUUUUUUUUUUAUAAUCUGUUUCUUCAACUUCAAACCCCAUCCGGAUCAACGGUGUUGAGUUGCUGAGGAUUCUAAAGGGAUGAACAUGGCGAGUACAAACCCUAUAGCAGGUUCUGGAACCGACGCCCCAAAAAUUAUAUGGAACGAAGCUCAACAGAGGUUCGAAACAGAGGACAAGAAGGCAUAUCUUCAGUACCUGAUCAAAAAUGGAGGUAAAGUUAUGGAUAUGAUUCACACUUUCGUUCCUUCUUCCAAAAGGGGUUUGGGAUUGGCUUCCCAUCUCUGCCUCGCCGCUUUCAAUCACGCUGACGGCCAUUCCUUAUCCGUCAUUCCCUCCUGUUCUUACAUUUCCGACACUUUUCUCCCUAGGAAUCCAACUUGGAACUAUCUUUUGUACUCUGAAGAAAAGAAAUCAAACCUGUAAGCAACUUCUUCUUAUGUUAUGUUAAUGAAUUUGUUCCUGUUAAUCAUUAGUCACAGAUGCUCCUUAUGUGCGUGUUCUUUGAGAAAGGUGACUUGCUUUGUAGGGUUUGAAUCAACAUUUUGUACAGCUUAUAUAACUACAUUUAGGAAUGAGCUGAUCUGCUUUCUCCACCAGCAAGUGAAUAUACUGUCCCGUCUAAGACUAAAUAUUAAAAUUGGUUUCAUUGAGAAAUGUUGUUCUUUGUUAGUCUAUCAAAUAAGUCUACAACAUAAAUGUAUCUCUCCAUAUAUAUUAAAUGGAAAUGGAACUGUACUUUCCCAAAUUGACUUUCAGAAUAAUACUGUAAGACAUGAAUAAAGAAAGUCUAGUGUAUAUGAUGUCCGAGCAUUGCAAGUGCUUGCUAUGUGGCAGUGAAAACUAGAAUGUGCAUUCGAAGGAAUGUGUGAUGUUAUAAUAUACUCUGUAAAUUGUCUAA